AUGACUCAACCGGCCGCGCCUUGGCAUGGUUGGCCCAACGAACCGGCCUCAAUCGAGCGACUACCACCUGAGCUUCUCCUCCCCCUCGUCAGCAGUCUACCUGGCCUCGACACACUCUGGAACCUAAUGAGGGCAUCGCCAAACACGCUCCGUCUUUUCAACUGCCAUGCGAACACCAUCACUGAAGGAAUACUUUCCGGCCCGAACUCCAUACUGCCAUCAAAUGUCCAAGAACUCGUUCGCGGAGUUAUUCUUGCGCGAUCCAAAUCCCUUCCUUUUAAGAAUCUGAACGACUUUCAAGUCCGUCACAUGUUUGGACUCUUUGAUCCUUCCAUGGCAAAGGAAACAGAGCUCAUAACUCUCGGGCCUGGAACUUUAUCAGUCUCAAACCCACCGGUAGCCGUGCUUCGGUCCGUCGUCGCGACUGCAUACCAAAUCUCUGCUUUAUCGCAGGCAUGUUUAGCAUCAUGCUUAGAACGCACGAGAGCUCUCCGGGUUAUGCACCCUAUCGAUCCCAAAAUUUGCUACACAGAUGAUUAUGACCGUCCGAACAAGAUAGUUCCCGCCUUUGAUCGUAAAUAUCCCGGUACACCCGCCAAGAUGGUUGACGCGGGGCAACCCACCUGGGUAGAAGAGAUGCGGGCAGUUCGCGCUAUCUGGGUCAUACAAAUGGUGGGCGAAAUGCGUCGCCUCUCUUCAAACAAGGCGGACAUGAUCGACUGGCCAGAUAAAGAUAUCGACCGCUUAAACAAACUGGAUCUGGCAAAAUUCUUUCGUGUAUACCGCGCCGACUAUGAUGGACAAGAGAUCACGUCAGCCGAAGAAUAUCUGAAGACACUUGGGGAGGUGACACACGACGUGUAUCACCGUUUGCCCCGGCCACCUCCAGCUUCGCCUGUUACGAGAUGGACAACGGCCUUGCCAAUUCCAGAGAAUACUACCUGGGUUGUGCGUGGCUAUGUUUUGAACAGAGAGUUCCAUCGUUUGCAUCCAGGUUCUUCUCUACCAGCGGGUGCCAAACCCUGGAAAGCUCCAAAGUACAGCAAAGACCAUAGCUGGGGCAAGACAGAUACGGCUUUGAACGACAGAUCUUAUGGCGUCGACUUUUUCAGAGAUCUUUCAACCAACGAAGUCGGUCCUCAAGCGUCGCCACUUUAUGGUGUAGAAUUUGACUCUUUUCGUCCACUUGGCUUUGCCUUUUGGGAUCGGUGGAGGAUGCACCUCUUGGGUCUAGCUCCCAAAAAACUUCACUUCCAGCUGGACUUUUACUAUUAUGCAUGGGAAAGUAUCUUGCCACCGGAAGAAGUUAUGAGUGUCAAGAAUGCACAUAGAGAGGAUUGGUGGAGAUCGAUGGCCAAGUAUAACGCAACGCUGGCCGCGGGGCGUGCCCAGCAGAGGUACUCUUAUCAUUCGGACGCCAGUGACAGCUAG